UUAACUUUUUAAUAAAUGUGUAUAAUUGCAUGGUGUAUUUCUAUCACCGGAAACAUCGAUGAAAAUUUAAACGCCAAUGACAUCGGAACUGCAUGUAUUUUACCUUCAAGCUACAUCGGCAGUCCACGGAGCAUGCAGGAAUACAUACAAGAUGCGAUGACUUAUGUACGUCAUUACGGUCGACCUGAUUUGUUUGUUACAUUUACGUGUAAUCCAAAUUGGGAAGAAAUAAAAAGUUUGUUAUUACCAGGCCAACAAUCAAUACAUCGUCACGAUAUCGUUACACAUCAUAAUUGGCUCUGUAAUCGUGCUAUUUUUGGCAGCAAGAAAUGUUGAUGUGAACGAAAUUAACUUCCAUAUACAACAGAUUUUGCCCGGUGAUUUGAUGUUUUUUAAAUCAAUCGACACAGUUAUUGAUGAAAACGAAAUCGUAAACUUUCCAACUGAAUUUUUGAAUUCUCUGGAUUUGCCAGGAAUGCCACCACACAACCUUCAAUUGAAAAUUGGUUCACCAAUUAUUCUUCUACGUAAUUUAAACCCACCUCAAUUAUGUAACGGUACACGUUUAGUCAUAAAAAAAAUGACCGAAAAUAUUCUUGAAGCAACAAUUUUGUCAGGAAAAUUUAAAGGAGAUAUCAUCCUGUUGCCACGUAUUCCACUGAUAGCGUCGAAAUCUUCAAUACCGUUUAAAAGGCUCCAAUUUCCGAUUUGUUUAGCUUUUGCGAUGACUAUAAAUAAAUCUCAAGGCCAAACAAUGUCUAUUUGCGGUUUGGAUUUGGAAAACACAUGUUUCUCACAUGGACAGCUAUAUGUUGUCUGCUCACGUGUAGGAAAACCAUCAAAUCUCUUCGUGUUAGCGAAAGACAGGUUAACCAGGAAUGUUGUAUACAAAGUAGUACUUAGAUAAUUUUUAGUUUUAAUAAUUUAAUUUAUUUUUGUAUGUUUUUAAUGUAUAUAGUAUUUUUUGUAAG